GCGGGCUUUGAGAGAACUAUUGACUUUUCUAAACACAACAUUUUCAGACUAUAUUCACAUAAGUACUGUAGAUCUCCAGCACUUAAAUUCAGACAGAAUACAAUAAUCAAAAUACACUUGACUUACCUUGAGAGACAGAGAAGACAUGAACAGAGUUAACGUGAGUGGUGCGCUCAUCUUCUUCAUGGUCGCCAUCACUGCUGUGCAGGGACAAAAAUCAGUGUGUGAGAACUGCGUUGKGCUGGAUGCGACUCUGGUUACCGGGGUUAUUGUUGGGGACCUGCUGGUGACAGGAGGGGUCAUCUUCAUUGUGUAUAGCUGGGCCCAGAAGAAGUCUGGACCUGCUGRACCCCAAAAACCGACGUACCGCUCAGCAGGCCGUGGUCCACCAGUGGUGCCAAGUCCUGACUAUGAGCCCCUUAGUGUGGAAACCCGCAGCAGAGAUAUCUACGCUACCCACAGGACUGGGUAGACUAUCCUCUCACCAGACCACACCUCUUCUCUAGGACCCCUCUGAUGCCCUGGACCAGCAGGCCUCAGUUCACCCUGCCAUCAGAGGAGGGGAGAAGGCUCUGUAGUGCUUAACAUAAACUUAAAGAGCUUCUUAUUUUAGCUUGAUGUGUGAUAUUAUGAUUUAGUUAAAACUAUAGUUUAGAAUUACUGUAACUAGCGAUAAUAGUGAUCAACAUAGUGUUGCUCUGGAAKAUAGAGAUAUAAAGAUAGGAAGAUCUUUGUAAUGACUUUUAGAUGUUUGCUGUACUGAAAAACAACUUGUACAUAGCUGUGUAGAUCAACUGUUGUAAAAUGGUAUCAAUGCUUGCAGAUGCCAAGUUCUUCCUCCUCACAAUGUUAAUGCUGCCUGUAUAUACAGUGAGUYUACAAAACACCAUCCUAAUAUUGAGUUGAACSKCCUUUUGCACUUAGAACAGCCUCAAUUCAUUGGGUUAUGGACUACAAGGCGUCGAAAGCAUUCCACAGGGAUGCUGGCCGAUGUAGACUCCAAUGCUUGCCACAGUAGUGUCAAGUUGGCUGGAUGUUCUUUGGGUGUUGGACCAUUCUUAAUACACACAGGACACUGUC